AUAAAAAUAAAAAUUAGUAAUAGUAAUCCAUAUCAAACAAGAAACAACGGAAAUCCAGUUUCUUCAAAGCCUUAUUUGUUUAUAGAAAUUUAUUAUUUCGUAUUUAUUUGUUAGCAAAUCUGGAUGAAGAGGAGAGAAUAAUGAUUGCUGCCUCCGAACCUCAGGAGUUCAUACCGUUUGGUCGGCAGCAGGUACGCCAGCAUCCAGGUGUGAAGAAAGACACAUCUCCACCCUUUGAUUCAUCUCUUCUCUACAAGUUGAGUCACUUCAAAAUCCAGGAUGACAAGCCAAGUAACGAAUGGUGGACGCUGCGAGGUGGAGUGGAGGAAGUGGAAGUGGAGGAGGAAGAGCUGUACUACAGCGGCUGCACGGCGGUGUGGAGUCGCGGCAUGGCCGGCCGCAGUCUGGCCAAUGACAGCUCGGCUGGCCGCCAGUUGAGUGCCUGCUACACCCUCGACGAACCCAUCGAGCAAGCCCUCUGGUGCAACUUCACCAAGUUGAAGAAUGACAAAUACGUUCCAGUCCCAAGUAUAUGUUUAUUGGAAAGCAGUUCGAUAAAAAUAUUCACCACAGAUGGAGAAGACUUUCUAUCAUCGUUACAGUUCAAGGUGUCAAGCGUUUGGGCCACUGCCUUUGGAUUGUUAUUGGAGAGAAUGUCUGCGAACCCUUUGCCAGGUGGGAAGCCACUGUUUUCACCACCCUCAUCGGCCACCAGUCCUGGCAUUCCCGAAAUGCACAAACUGCCGAAAAUAUUCUCCCUUCUCCAUCCGCUCAAUGAGAUUGCUCCUGUUCUUGUUUCUAAGCAAGGUUCUAGUGUAGGUUUCAUGGACAACCGCUACCAGAAAAUAGUUUUCACCAGUUGUGAUCCCUCUCUAUGUAUGCUCUACGACUUGCAGUCCGGCCAACAUAGUAUUUGGAAAAUAAGGAAGGUUACUGAUGAUGAAUGUCAAAUCAUGUGCGGUCAAGAUCCAACUAAUAGUAUAGCACACACAUCUAUGGAUACCACUUUCAAUCAGCGACUUAUCUCUGCCAUGUCCACCGUUAACAGGAAUCAUUAUCCAUCACCAUUGAAUGGCAAUCACAUGUCGAUGACAGGAACUCGGAUGGCUGACACGUCUUUAACUGGUCUCAAUACAUCAGCCAAUCCAUUCAAAUACCUGAACCACACUUCCGUGCUGGGUGGCACACAGACGCCCUCGUCGACGUGCAGUUGGGGCUCGCCCCGGGGAGGCCAGAGGGGCGCCGCCGGCUCACCAGGCGGGGGCACGCCCACCUACUCGGAUGCCCGCCUAGGCACCAGUCAGUCUGUGAUGGACUGCGGCCAGGAGGCCAAACCCAUAGUGCCCGAGCUAUGUCUGCAGUUUGUGUGGGCCGAGAAUCUCGGUCUGCCUUGCUACCAGGACGGAGACCCGAGUCCAGCGAGCCGAGUGUUCAUGGGCGUCGAUCUGAUUGGCCAGUCGUUCCUGUACUACGUGGUGCCGUCGCGAUGUCGCCUCUUCUGUGUCAGCUGCACCAGGACCAAUCGCGGCGAUCUCAACCUCAGCACGCUGGCCACUCUGCCCGCCAAGGAUGCUGCUUAUUUGCCGGCUCUACAGAUGAUAGCAGUUUUGGAACCUGCUGGCGGUGUAGUUCUCUAUACGGGAACUGCGCUGAUUGGCAAACUGCAUGUAGCAGGAAUUAGCACAGCUCUAGCCAGCCCCUCCUACCUCUCUUCAUCCUCCAUCAUGAUUGCGCAGUUGCAGAACAGUGUUUCCAAUCAAAGGCGAUCAUCGAGUUUUAUCUCAUCGACUUUGGUUGGUGAAGGAGCAUUCGAUGAGAAAGUGCACCUGUUGUCGCCUGUAGCAGGCAGAAGUGCGAAUAAUGUCGAGUUCGCAACACCCAGCCACCAAGUGCAUUCAACACCGAAGGACGCUCACAUCAGCUCCCUCAGAGACCCCGUCGCUAACAGGGUUACCUUGGUAUGUUCGAUAAUGGCUGCAGGGAGGAAAUUUGUGAGUCCCAGAAUGCGAUUUGAUGAAGCAAAGCUGAGGAAUGAGCAUGUGAAAACCCAGUUUGCUCUUGAAGUCAAAAACCGCUUUGAUGUUUUGAUGCAGGAGAAUGAUGAGAGAAGUGUUGACAGUCUAUGGAUGAAUGUUGGAGAAGCUUACCUAGAAACAAGCAAAUCUGUUCUAGGUAAGAGAGAUCACCAGAAGAAGGACUGGAUGUCUGAACAAACAUGGGAUCUUAUACAGCUCAGAAAAGUUAAGAAAGCCAACAUCAAUACGAGCAAAACUAGGUUGCAGAAAAAACAGGCCCAGGAUGAGUACUCAAGAACAGAGAAGGAGAUGAAAAAGUGUGUCAGAAGGGAUCACCGAAAGUAUGUAGAUGAUAUGGCAGCUAGGGCAGAGCAAGCAGCAAGGAUAGGUGACAGUAAAGAGUUGUACAGAAUCACAAGAGCUUUAUCCAAGAGAUCCUAUCGAAAUGAUGGCCCAGUAAAGAGUAAGGAAGGGCAAUUGCUGACUAGUAAGGAUGAGCAACUUGAAAGAUGGAGAGAACACUUCAUGGAAAUCUUCAAUAGGCAAAAUGAGAUAGAGGAUCAUGAAGAAAUAGAGCACAGAGAUGGGCCAGUGGUCACAGACAUAGAAUGGGAAGUGCCAACAAAAGAUGAGGUGAAGAAGGCUAUAAGUGAGAUGAAAAAUGGAAAAGCUCCUGGCUCAGACAAUAUCUCACCAGAUGUUUUAAAAGUUGAUGCUCUACAGAUGAUAGCAGUUCUGGAACCUGCUGGCGGAGUAGUUCUCUAUACGGGAACUGCGCUGAUUGGCAAACUGCAUGUAGCAGGAAUUAGCACAGCUCUAGCCAGUCCCUCCUACCUCUCUUCAUCCUCCAUCAUGAUUGCGCAGUUGCAGAACAGUGUUUCCAAUCAAAGACGAUCAUCUAGUUUUAUCUCAUCGACUUUGGUUGGUGAAGGAGCAUUCGAUGAGAAAGUGCACCUGUUGUCGCCUGUAGCAGGCAGAAGUGCGAAUAAUGUCGAGUUCGCAACACCCAGCCACCAAGUGCAUUCAACACCGAAGGACGCUCACAUCAGCUCCCUCAGAGACCCCGUCGCUAACAGGGUUACCUUGGAAUUCCUCAACGGCACAAUGUUUCGAGUAACGCUACCCAACAUAUGCUCUUCACCCUUAGUUUGCAGAUGUUUGGAAGUGUUGAAAUCGGUACUGCCGCGAGAUCUAUCCCUGCAGGUGAUAGUGAAAUGGUGCGGCGCGCGCAAUGCUCCAGGAACGCAAGAUUUCACACCUACACAAGAAUGGCAGCUGUUCGAAACACAUCUUUUAGGUUUACUCGGAUACAACGUAGAGAAGCUGCCAUCAAUGCAGUUGAACACGACAAUCCCCGAAGCUCCUUCACAAAUUCUAAGGAAGAAAAGAGCGUCCUAUUGUGGAUCUGACGAUGAUUGGGAUUAUUUGCUGAGUUCGCAACAUCAUGCAAAAACGAGUCAUGGACUUCGGUCACUCCUUGCCUUGGAUCAGCCUUUUACCCUGAAAUCAAAUGAGGACAAAGCUGCCAAUGAUGUUGAACCAUCUCUAGACACGUCGGCCAUCCUAUUCCGGUCCAUGCAUUUGAUUCUCUUCUCGCUUCAUCUACUCUAUGAGGACCUGAAAUUGAACUUGCUGCUAUCAGAGUCCUUGCCUAUGCUGGCGAGACUUCUUCAUCAAUUAGCUGCUGACUUGAGAAUGAAUGCUUACAUUGAGCAUUAUUGGAGAGAUUUCCCCACAACAUGUCCACUAAAAAAUAUUAGCAUACAAAUGUCAGACGACAACUUGAAAUUACUAUCAGCGCCCAUGUAUUUCACGGAAACACCUUGUGAUGUUAUGAAAGACAUAUUCCACUUUAUAAUCGAACAUAGUUCUCUAACAAUUGCUCCUUACCCUGUAAUGUCUGCAGUAAAUCAACGCUCAAAAGAUGUUAUUCAGGUACGCAUCCAAAUUAUUCCUAUGAAUCAAGACAACGAAAGCUAUACGGCGACCGAACUGAGCAGCCUGCCAGCGGGCAUCGCCCUGGUGCUGCAUGACGCAAUGCACUCAGUGCGCGAGAACCCACCCACCGAUUGGCCAGAGCAGUGCUAUCAGCUGAUUGGUCGACAGGACUUGUGCUAUCAGCUGAUUGGUCGCCAGGACUCGGCCGGUGGCGCCACCAGCUCCGGUGACCACAAGGCCGGCCAUGCGCCCAUCUUCACCCGCCCCGACCCCCCUGACAGUGAGGAUGGCAUGGAGACUACGCUCACCAAUGACUACCAGGUUCUGAAGCUUCGAUUCAAUGCGGACCAUAGAGUGGCCGAAGUGAGGAACCUACUGCAAUCGUCACGGCCGGUCACCAUCUCAAUUGCUCAGCGACCCGAGUUCUCCGACCACGAGUUCAUCGAGGAGCAGGAGAAGCAUCUCUAUGCCAUCUGCACUAGGACCAUGGCAUUGCCAGUCGGACGAGGCAUGCUAACCCUGCACACUUGGUGUCCGGUGGCGAGCGAACCUCUGCCAGUGCCCCGGCUGUGCCUGAGUGGGCGCGCUCCCCCUCGGGGCACCACUGUGGACCUAUCCCACAUCGAGGUGGUCCCCAACAUGAAUCUGUGGCCCCUCUUCCACAACGGGGUGGCAGCCGGACUCAGAAUAGCGCCCCAUGCAGCCAACAUCAAUUCGCCGUGGAUCGUCUACAAUAAACCCAAGGGUGGCCCUGAAGUACUUCCUGAACAUGCCGGUUUUCUGAUGGCUCUGGGCUUGAACGGUCAUCUCUCCAAUCUGGUCGAACUGAACACUUUCAAGUACUUGAGUCGAUGUCAUGAGAUGACCAGUGUUGGCCUGAUACUGGGCAUAGCUGCUACAAAAAGAGGUACCAUGGAUGUGCAGACAACUAAACUACUGAGUGUCCAUAUAGAAUCACUGCUGCCACCCACCUCCAUAGAACUGGACAUUGUGCAGAAUAUACAGGUGGCAGCACUGCUUGGUGUCGGACUAGUCUAUCAGAAAACAGCACACAGGCACAUUGCCGAGGUUCUCCUAUCAGAAAUAGGCAGGCCUCCUGGUCCCGAGAUGGAGAACAGCGUGGACCGAGAGUCGUACUCGCUGUCGGCGGGUUUGGCACUUGGCCUGGUUGUUCUGGGAACUGGAUCCACUGCCACUGGACUGGCCGACCUCGGCAUCGCCGACACGCUGCAUCACUACAUGGUCGGCGGCAAUAAGCGGCCCAUCUCAGGUUCGCAGAAGGAAAAGUACAAAUCGCCAAGCUAUCAGAUAAAAGAAGGAGACGAAGUGAAUAUCGAUGUGACUGCUCCAGGAGCGACCCUCGCACUUGGCAUGAUGUACUUCAACUCAGGAAACCAGGCUGUGGCCAAUUGGAUGAAGGCUCCUGAAACGCAGUUCCUGCUGGACUUUGUGUGUCCCGAUCUGCUUUUGCUGAGGAUAUUGGCCAGGGGUCUGAUCCUGUGGGAUGAGAUUUUGCCGACCGAGGAGUGGGUGCAAAGUCAUGUCCCCGAAGUCAUCAGGCCCUACUGCCUUGUCAAGCCCGUCGAAGACAAUAUUGACUAUGAAACUAUGAACCAAACGUAUUGCAACAUAAUAGCGGGCGCAUGCAUGGCGAUGGGACUGAAGUUUGCCGGCUCAGCGAACAACGAGGCGUUCAGCACUCUGCUGAGCAUCUGCAAAGUGUUCACCACCAUGUUCACCAGGUCCAUAGCUGAGCUGGCCGGCAAAUCCACCAUCGAAACAUGUCUCAAUGUCGUACUGCUGUCUCUUGCUAUGGUGAUGGCAGGCACAGGCGAACUGGAAGUGAUCAGACUGUGCCGCUACCUGCGUUCGCGCGUGCGCCAAGGAUCGACGAGUGUGGUGACAUAUGGCUCGCACCUGGCCACACACAUGGCGCUGGGUCUGCUCUUCCUGGGCAGCGGCCGCUAUACGUUGUCCACAUCGGCCGAGUCAGUCGCCGCCAUGUUGUGUGCCUUCUUCCCCAAGUUUCCCACGCACAGCAAUGAUAACAGGUAUCACCUACAAGCAUUCAGGCAUCUUUACGUGCUAGCAGCUACACCCAGGCUGCUCCUACCCCGUGAUGUGGACUCUGGCAACCUGUGCUAUGCGCAUCUAACGGUCGUCUAUUUGAACUCUGCCUAUUACGCCAAUCAGACUGCUCGGCUCAAAGCGCCUUGUCUCCUACCUGAAUUGAAUCUGCUCAAAGAGGUGCGGGUAGAAGACGACAGGUACUGGAGCAUAGUGUUCAGGAGAGAGGAGAACUGGAAUCAGCUGGAGAAGAUUCUUGCUGACUCGAAGAGUCUACCGGUGAAGCAGAGAGCCGGCUGCCUGUCCUACUGUGAGGAUCCUCAUGGCUUCAGGAGUUUGCUGGCUCACACGCUCACCUCAGACAAAGUCGUUUCUUGGAGUGUUCCGGCAGAAUCAAUAUUUUCGUUCUCUUCGAAGCCCAGCACACUGAAUUUCGUCCGACUUUUCUUGGAGUGUGAGAACUCGACGAAGGCUGCCUCCCCCAAGGAGCUCAAACAACUUCAUUUCCUCACUAAACUUGUGUUUGAUUGCGUCACUCAUGAUAAGAUGUCCAUUUUGGUGAUUUGGCUGUCAAUAAUACAGGGCAUCCAGUUGCUGACAACCAACCCGGUGUCGGCCGGCCAUUUUAUUUGGCAAUUGAAGCAUGUGAUCAGCUACGCUCUCAAUCUACCGAAAACAGCUUCGAGAAAUCCGCUAUCGUUGGACGGCCACCACGACAAUGGCCAGAAGCCCUACUUCGGCUCCGAUGCGCUGAUUAGUGCUGAGUUGGCACUCACAAUCAAACAGCAGGUCUCCAACCUUCUCGAUGACUGGCAGAAGAAUGAUAUCAAAGAGGCUCUGAUUAGCUACAUGAAAUGUGAAGACUUCAAAGCAUCCGAUGCUUGUAUGGCAAAAUUAGCAAUGUAUAUCACGUUCCACAAUAUACCUUCGCCGAAUCUUAUGUCACAAGUCGUGUCAGUUGAUGAAAAGCUUAUCAACCCAGUGAGUGUAGCUUUGAUGCUGAAGCGAUCUGAGACUUUUUUAUCACAUAACAAGUACAACCACCUCGCAAUGCUGAUCAAGAAAUUGAAGACUGUUAACUAGUUUUAACUCUUUUAAUAAGUAAGUAACAAUGUAAGAUAUUUUUUGAAUAUUUUUGUAUCGUUUUGUUUCCGUGCAAAAAAACGCACAGACUAUUUUUGAUUAGAUAAAGAUCAGUUGUAAAAAGUAAUGUUAUAAGUUAUUUGUAUUCGUUGAGAUUAAAGGCAAUGUAUUUUAAAAAGGUU